GAAAUUGAAGAAUUCAACGUAGAUGGCGGUUUACAUUUCGAGAAGAGCAUAAAUGCUCGAUCGAUUGUUUGAAGAAGGCAGAUUGAACAAUGAAUAUAGAUCCGCAUUCGAACAUGCGGCGUAUGCGCUUUUGCGCGAGGAAGGAAAGAUGGAGGUAAUUGAGCGCACCGUCUACAAAAAGCUCUUCGGCGACGACCCCAAAGAUAAGGAAAACGAUGCCAAAAAUGCCAAGUCCACGCUUGCGCCCAAGAAGAGAAAUGUUGCCGAGUCCAAUGUCGGUAAAAGCGCAGAAACAUCUGCUAUUCCUACUGUGACACAGGAGAAAGAUAUCCAAGAGGCCAGAGAUUCAAUCGAGUCUGAUGUCACAAAGCUGGUUGCCAGCAUCAGCUAUAGAGAUCAAGCCGCAAAAACUCCACCUCCCGGAGAAAAACCACAGUUCACGGAAAGACAGAUGCGAGUCAUGGUAAAACAAGAAAUAGCCAAAGCAAAGAUGGGUGUUGUAGCUUGGCACAGGCUACGAGAGGCGAAUGAAAAAAACACUGCAAUAGCUGCCAGACACGACGCAAUGCUGUUCAAGCGUGACGAUUUGCUGCCAAUGAGAACAGGUGGCAGUAUCCAACAAUUCUCGACAUACGCUCCACCUGCCCGGGAAUGUGAGAAUUACUAGUUUGCUGAAGAUGGCGCACAAAUCAAAAUGGUUGAACAGAGAUUUAAUGUCA